GUUUUUGGAAAUAUGCCGAAUGCUUCGCCCAAUUUCCCGAAAUUUCCCGAAAUCUGCCUCAAAGGGACAAGAACAAAAAUUUCACCGAUCGGCCACCACAACCACAAAGGGACAAAACAGUGACGAAAACGGACAAAACCAAUUAAAAGGAAAAAAUAAAAACAGACACCGCCAAAAUGGAACGAGGGAGAGAAAAAAGUGCACUUCUUUUUGUCUGUCUGUCUUCCCCUUUGUAAAACAAAAAAACCAAAUUUCGAAAGGACAAACUUCGUCUCUUUUUUUAAACCCAUCACCAAAAUAAGAAAAGGUUAAAAAACCAAGACAAAGACAAAAAGGUCAGAUGAGUUAUAACAAUCAAUACGGUUACGAUAACAGCAACCCGUACCAGGAGAACCCAUACCAAGAGAACCAUGAGCUGAACGACUACAACGAUGGUGGUGACGAUUUCGUCAACUUCAUGAACAACAUUGCCAGCAUCAACAACGAUUUGGACAACUACAACCAGUUGGUGGAGCUGAUCGAGUUCAACCAGAGAAAGCUGUUGACCGAGGUGAACGAGGACCAGGAGUUGGCGACCAGAAAGCAGCUGGACAGUCUUGUUGCACAGGCCUCUUCGCUGCAGCAGACGUUGAAGAGCAAGAUUAAGGACGCUCAGGCCACCGCAGGCAAUGACUCUGCAAAGAAGGCGCAGGCCGAGAACUCGAGACAGAGAUUCCUCAAGUACAUUCAGGACUACAGGGUCAUCGAGGCCAACUACAGGGAGGAGAACAAGCAGCAAGCUGCUAGACAGUACAAGAUUGUCCGUCCAGAUGCGACUGAUGCCGAAGUUGAUGACGCCAUUAACGACGUUGGCGGACAGCAAAUCUUUUCACAGGCGAUCAUGAACGCCUCGAGAAGAGGUGAGGCUAAGACCGCCUUAGCAGAGGUUCAAUCGAGACACAAGGAAUUGCAGAAGUUGGAGAAGACCAUGGCUGAGUUGACCCAGUUGUUCCACGACAUGGAGGAGAUUGUUGCUCAGCAGAAUGUUCAGGUUGAGAACAUUGAUACCGAGAUCGAAGGUGCCCAGAAGGACAUUGAGAUGGGGCUUGGACACACCGACAAGGCUGUUGAGAGUGCCAGAAAGGCUAGAAGAAAAAAAUGCUGGUGUUACAGUAUCCUUGCUUUGAUUAUCAUCAUCAUCAUUGUCGUUAUUGUUGUUCCAAUUGCAACUCAUUUCAGCUGAAGCAAUGGCAGCGUUCUCACUCGCGUUGUUUAACGAUGGAAUCCUUCUGGUGAUCAUGUAUCUUUAAUCCACUGUUCUUUUGCCCUACCUCUCUUUCCUCUUUCCUUGUCCUUUUCUGGUGUUGUUUCUUC